CGAUACCCCAUCUGGUCCACCUGGGCCCUCUACAAGAAUGAUAUCGACCAGGAUAAACUCUUGCGAUUUGCUGAAAAGAUCAAGAAGUACCGUUUUAACUGCAGCCACAUUGAAAUUGAUGACAUGUACACUCAAGCUUAUGGGGACUUUGACUUUGACCCCGUCAAGUUCCCCAAUGUGACAGAGAUGUUUGCAAAACUGAGGGAAGAUGGGUUUAAGGUCACUCUGUGGACUCACCCUUUCAUUAACUACAAUUCCUCCAAUUUUGGGGUGGGGUCCCAGAACAUCUCCUGCUUCUUCCGUAUCAUUGACCGUGACUCCAUCUGGGGCUAUGAGCUUGGCCUCAAAUCCCUCAUCCCCACAGUCCUCACCAUCAGCAUGCUUGGGUACCCCUUCAUAUCGGCUGACAUGAUUGGGGGGAAUUUCUUCCCCAACAAGACAGAUGGGGCAGUGGAGAUCCCUGACCGGGAGCUGUAUGUGCGGUGGCUGGAGCUGUCGGCCUUCAUGCCCUCCAUGCAGUUCUCCAUCCCACCCUGGCUCUAUGACAAGGAGGUGGUGGAGCUUGCGCAGAAGUUCACGGAGCUCCACCAGUCGCUGGUGGGGCUGGCGGGGGAGGUCACUGACACGGGCGACCCCAUCAUCCGACCCAUCUGGUGGAUUUCACCCCGUGACGAGGCCGCUCACAGGAUCGACUCCCAGUUCCUCAUUGGGGACACCCUCAUGGUGGCACCUGUCCUGGAGAUGGGCAAGCAGGAGCGUGACGUCUACCUGCCCGCGGGCAAGUGGCGCAGCUACAAGGGGGAGUUGUUUGAGAAGACGCCGGUGCUGCUCACAGACUAUCCUGUUGACCUGGAUGAAGUCGCCUAUUUCCUCUGGGUUUCCUAA